AUGGGCCUCUUCGCUUCAAUCUUCCACUGCCGCUGCUUCGAGUCGGCCUCCUCGAAGCGCGCGGCCGCGCCCGCUGCGACCGCCCUGCCAGCUGGCAGAGAUGCGCGCGAGCAGAGGCGCGCAGAGCUGGCCGCGACCGGAGCCGCCAACGCGAUGGCCGAGAGUGACCUUCCGGAGGGCGCUGAAAAGUUAAGUGCUCCAGUCCACGAUGCACAGGAGACGCACAAGGGCGACGAAGACUACAUGGGCGAGUACGGUGCUUCCGUCAGACAAUUCCCGUCGCCGGACCACGAUGAGAAAAAGAUGGCCAAGUAUGGGGCGAGGGCGGAAGAGCCGUCAGAAGAGGCGCGCUUCGUCGGCGCUUAA